AUGGCGUUGGAGGCUAUUGAAUUUGAGAGAUCGGACCCUAAAAAUCUAUCAGUGAAGGUCUUGGACCAAUUGCUUCUGCCUUACACGACAGAUUAUGUCCCCAUCUAUACUAUUGAUGAUGGCUACACGGUGAUCAACCUGAUGCAGGUAAGAGGAGCACCUGCAAUUGCAAUCGUGGGGGCACUUUCGGUAUUGAUGGAAACACAGCUACUUCAAAAUGAAGGGUUCGUCAAUACUCAAGCCUACUACGAUGCUUCAAGUUUCGAAGCCAUGAGAGGUAGGUUGAAUCAAAGACUCGAUUUCCUUCUUAGCAGCAGACCUACAGCGGUUAAUCUAUCAAAUGCUUUGUCAGAAAUCGCAAAACUACUAGAUCAAGCUUCCUCUCUUGAAGCUUUCCGCACCCAGCUUUUCCAAUUUGUCUCUGACUUGGUAGAUGACGAUCUAACGAACAACAUUAAAAUGGGCAAUAAUGGAGCUCAGUUCCUCUUGCAACAGCUGCAAAGCGAGGGUUUCGAUGGAGACUUUGCAGUGCUCACGAUCUGUAACACUGGAUCUUUGGCAACCUCUGGAUAUGGUACAGCAUUGGGAGUGGUACGUUCGCUGUGGGAAGAUUCACGCGCUAAGAGUUCGCUUAAUCAGCGAACAGAUAAGAAACGCAAACUUAGCUCAGGGAACGUUAAGAUGACGCAUGUCUUCCCUUUGGAAACUCGUCCCUAUAACCAAGGGUCUCGGUUGACUGCUUACGAGCUGGUCCAUGAUCAGAUUCCUGCCACCUUGAUCCCAGACAGUUCUGUCGUAUACCGGAUUGCUACUAGCUCAUUGCCGAUAAAAGCUGCCUUCGUGGGGGCCGAUAGAAUUGUACGUAACGGUGAUACCGCUAAUAAAAUCGGCACCUACCAGUUGGCUCUCAUUUGCCGGCAAUUUGGAAUCAAAUUCUUCGUCACUGCUCCCAAGACUACCAUCGAUAGCGUCACUGAAACGGGUGCGGGCAUCAUAGUCGAGGAGCGGAAAGCUGAUGAGUUUAAACAAGUCGCAGGCACUGUUAUCGAUGAACAUACGGGUAAACCGCUUUUAGAUGUCAACGGAAAGCCUCUUGCAGGUAAAGUAGGUGUAGCACCCGUGGAUAUGAACGUCUGGAAUCCUGCAUUCGAUGUCACCCCACAUGAUUUGAUCGAUGGGAUCGUAACUGAGGUGGGCGUGUACACCAAAGAUUCAUCGGGAAACUUCAAUUUGGAAGAUUUAUUUAAUUAG